AAGAGUUGUAGUUCGUUCAAACAAUAGGCACCGAAUGACGACCCUAUUGGAGUUUUGUCAAAGAUUACCAAAAAUUGAGCUGCACGCUCAUUUAAAUGGUUCUUUAAGUGAACGAACUUUGAGGAUUUUAAACGUUUCCGAACAUAACAUAAAUUUAUAUCAAUUGUUACAUAAACAGAGCAACGCCGAGGAAAGAUUACGUUUGGCGUUCUCUCUGUUUAAAGUAGCUCACGAUGCAACCAAUACAAUUGACGCAGUAUGCACCGCAACUAAACAUGUAAUUGAAGAAUAUUACCGAGACAAUGUUAUUUAUCUAGAACUACGUACAACACCUAGAGAAGAAAGUGCUAUGAGUCGAAAAGAGUACAUAGAAGCCGUUAUUAAAGCUAUCACCGACCAAAAUUUAGUUGUUGUCAAAUUAUUGUUGUCAAUUAACCGUACGCACAGCCUGGACGAAUCAAAUGAAAGCUUGGAGACCAUUCUAGAAAUGCACAAACUGUACCCUAAUAUCAUAAAGGGACUCGAUCUGAGUGGCAGUCCGUACUCGGGUCACUUUUAUAAAGACAUGUUUGAAAGAGCUCGCCAGCAGAAGUUAAAAAUUACUUUACACUGUGCCGAAAUUGUCAAUAACGAAGAAGUGAAUACAAUUUUGCAGUUUAAACCUGAUCGCAUUGGACAUGGCACCACUUUACAUACGAAAUAUGGAGGCUCGCAGACAAAUUGGGAGUUGUACAAUAACUUAAAAAUUCCAUUAGAAUGCUGCCUCACCUCCAAUGUUCUCUCUGGUACAGUGAAAAGUUUUAAAGAGCACCAUGUAGCGGAGUGGAUUAAGCACGAGUUGCCUUUCAGUAUUAAUACUGAUGAUAAAGGAAUAUUUUCUACAAAUUUAUCGAAUGAGUAUUAUCUAAUGGGAGAAGCGUUUAAUCUUUCAAAAGAGUAUAUAUUCAAUUGUAAUUACAAAGCGAUUGAUUAUUCGUUUGCAAGCGACGAGGAGAAGGAGCAAAUAAAGGGAAUACUAACACAAUGGAAAAGCGCUCAGUAUACAUUGUUUUAGUUAGAACUUGUAAAAUAAAUGUUAAAAAAUUUA